AUGAAUUCGAACGAAUGUUUCGGACUGUUAGGUAAGAUGGGAUUAAACUCUUUCUCUACCUACCCUACUUGAGCUGUGAUGGGGAGAGGGACUAUCUUAAUCUCCAAUCCGCCUCUCUUCUACGACAGUCUAAUCAAGUCGAGAAGCUCAAUAAGAGAACGUCAAUUUUAGGUGCGAAUGGUGCUGGUAAAACCACCACUUUUGACGUGCUGACAAACCAAAUACGCUCCUCGGACGGAACAGCUGCCAUAUUGGGUGUGUCAGUCGUGUCUAUCCCCACCAUCGGCUAUUGUCCUCAAUUCGACGCUCUACCCGACAAUCUGACUGGUCGACAGACCCUCAUCUUGUUGGGCAGGUUGAAUGGCUUUAAAAAUGUCAAAGACAGAGUCGAGUUAGUGCUGGAAUGUGUGUUGCUAGCCGAAAUGGCAGACGAGCUGAUCCGAACUUAUAGCGGCGGUCAGAAGCGGCGCUUAUCAAUCGCUGUCUGUCUUAUGUCUGGCUCCCGAUUCCAGGCAUUGGACGAGCCGACAGCCGGCGUGGACCCGGCGACACGACGUCACAUCUGGGACUUGUUGAUAGCGAUGCGAACCCAGAACAAGGCCGUUCUACUCACGACCCACUCGAUGGAAGAGUGCGAAGCGUUGUGCACCAGGAUCGGCUUUCUACGUGCCGGUCGACUACGAGGCAUUGGUACUAGUCAGCACCUAAAGAGUCGGUACGGCAACUCGUACGUACUGACAAUCGUACUCAAGAGCACGAGGAAGGAGGACGUCGAGUACGUGAAUAAGGUCGUUUCCAAAGCGUUCGAAAUCCCGCUGACCGCUGAUCUGGACCACAAAUCGAUUAGUUUUGAGAUUCCAAAGAGGUCGGACGUCUCAUGGAGUGGAAUGUACGAGAAGGUGGAGAGGGUGGUCAGUGAGGUCGAUUCUCAAGGAAAAUCAAAAACGGCUUCAAACGAGUUAGAAGAGCGUAAAGAAGGUUCAAAUGAGAAUGAUUUGUCCAAAGAAGUACCAAAAGAAACAGGUCAACAUAGAGAAGUAUCAAAAGAGGAACAGAUUAUAUCAGAUUUUUAUCUGGUCCAAAACUCUCUGGAACAAGUUUUUACUCGACUGGCUGCUGCACAAUGA